GCACAUGCACGACUUGACCUCAGCUCUAGCUGGCAAGUCUAUCUUUAGCAAAGUCGACCUAGUUCGCGCCUAUCAUCAGAUACCUGUCGCGCCAGAUGACAUUGCUAAAACAGCAGUCAUCACGCCAUUCGGCCUAUUCGAGUACCUCAGAAUGCCUUUCGGCCUCAGCAACGCUGCCCAAACUUUUCAGCGUUUCAUUCAUGAGGUAACGCGAGGACUCGAAGGCGUUUACCCUUAUUUAGAUGACAUUCUCAUCGCCAGCUCUUCUGACGAGGAGCAUCUUCGUCACCUCGACGCUCUCUUCCAACGCUUGACGCAGCAUGGGGUUACCGUCAACCCCGAUAAAUGCGAG